CAAAGCACACGAGAUCAACCAACGCUAGUUCUCUCUUCUUUAUACGCGCGCCAACGGUAAUGGCCGCAGCUGCAGGCUUGGUAUGGGCGACCUUGCUCAUGUGCGUUGCGCUCGGCGCCGCGCAAACUGAACUUACGAGCUUCCAGAGACUACUCCUUGCCAACUUCUUUCCUCAAGGUUCCGUGCCAUCGCCGGUGAGGAUAUACUGCAGGCAGGACGCCGCGCUGAACGUGGCCAUAGUCGGCGGCAAGGUUGUCCUCGCAAACGCCAAGUGCAGUGACUGGUCACAGAAAUGGUACGUUGUGUACACCGACUCCACCUUGUUCAACGGAAAGUUUGAGCUUAAGCCCUUCUCCCUGGUGAAUGCACAGACGCUUCAGGUCAUCACGGUCACGAUCCCAUCAGGCAGUUCACAGAAGGUGGAACUGUACAGCCCGCCUAGCUCCCCGUGGGAGCUGCAGAGGUUGCAGAACUGGCUGCAAAAUGCACGCGAGGAGCUGUGGACGCCGGAGCAACCCAAGUCGCCGGAGCCCACACGUACCGAAGGCUUUUACAGACUGUUUGCUACCAAAAACAAUGAGAAGACAGCUUUUCACCUCAACGGCCUCGGGGGCGGCGUAAAAGUCGGAACGGAGGUCGGGAUCUAUUCUGGAGCAUCAAAUACAGAGAACGCCCUAUGGCAGCUGACUUCAGACACCGCCCUCUGUGCCCCCUGAUGAGCUAGAAGACCACCCCAUUGUGCUUAUGUGUUUGCUGAAGAAUAAAUUUUACAUUAUUAUCCACUCCCUUGUUUAAUUUCCUGCGUUCGUCAAAUUUGCCUUCGUUUUUAAGAACUGUACCUUCUUGUUGGUCCUGUAGCAAUGUAAGCACAACCCAGUGUCCCAGUUCAUCCAUGAUAUUACCAUUGCCAAUUUCCGUAAAGAAUUGUUCUUGCCUGUUGGUCCAGUAGCAAUGUACUGAAGCACAACUGAGUUCAGCUACGAUAUUAUUAUUUAAGAAUUUUUCUUGUU